AUGUCGGAAAAUAGAAAAUGUACGCCUUGCGCAAGUGGCUGUCACUCCGCUACAGAUGCUCACGUCUUCGUCAGUAUUACUGAUGCGAAACCUUCUGAUAGUGAUUAUGAACUCCCACCAAUGCCAACAAUGCAAGAAUGUGACGGGAUAUGUGGUGACAUAUACUCAUCUGAUCAAUUAACUAAAUUUCCCUGUCUUCAUGUCCUCUGUGGAAUGUGUCUUAAUGAAUGCUCACUUAUAGAACGUGAUGGUAAAUUUUUAUGUCCAAUGCGCGAGUGUAAAUAUUUGAGUACGACCGCAUUACGUAUGCAUGAAAGUGCUGCAACUUUGAACGAUGAUAGAGAAAGCAAUCCGGUUGAAACACCCUCUGAUGCUAAUUUUUCCUCUGUGACGCCAAUAACUAAAUUAGAUGCAUCAAAACUCUCAGAAUCAGAAUCAGAAUCAGAUAAAGAUAGAAUGAAAAAUGAUUGA